CUGCGCCUGACCACACUCUGACUCCGUUGCUCUAUCCUGCGCGUGUGCUCGCUGUGCUCGACAGUUGGCUAACAUCUCUCUGCUGUGAACCUAACAUCUGCUGUGGUCGCCGCGGUUGUGUCACUCACACCCAAGUCCGAACCCGGUCACCAGUGCUAUCCACUUCGUCUAACGCCACUCCGAAAAUCCUCAUCUACACACUACGACAAUACAGACGACCUGGUUGUCAUCAUGACCUUCAUGGACCUACCUGCUGUCCCCCCAGAGCUCAAGAAUGUCACCCCGUAUGUCCAGCGGGCCGAAGAGCUCUUCUCGCAAGAUCCAGUCGUGUCCUACUGGAGUGCAUACUACGGGGCUCAAGUUGGUAUUGCUUCCAAGUCCAAAGCCCCCGCAUCGCGAAAAUACCUCUUCAAUCUCCUCGACGCGCUUGAACGCCUGAAGGUUGAAAUCGGAGACAACGAUGCUGUCCACGAUGAAUUUGCUGCAAGCGCAUACGUUGAGAACUUUGCACUGAAGGUGUUUGGAAUGGCGGACAAUGAAGAUAGGCGAGGAGCAGCAACCCGUGGGACAGCCAAGAAGUUCCUUGCCGCCGCCAACUUUCUCGAGAUCCUCCGCACAUUCGACAAAGAGAAGACAGACGCCGCCUCUCCCACCCCCGAUUCUACUGAAGACAAGAUCCGCUACGCGAAAUGGAAAGCAGCAGACAUUGCAAAGGCAUUCCGCGAGGGUCGUAAGCCCACUCCGGGGCCCGCAGGCUCCGAGCCCGAACCUGCUUCUGCCCCAGCUUCACCUCCUGCCGACGCGCCCUCCUUCACUCGUGCCACGCCUCCGCCUCCAGCCAUCACCGACCUCCCUGCUUCACAACAGGUUGCAUUCUUUCAACAGGACCCUCGGGCGUACGUUCCGGAUGAACUACUCGCACACACACUCCCAGGAGCAUCCUCUUCCGCACAAAGUCUGGCAUGGAGCACGGCGGCCACACCUGGGACGCCAGGGCGCCCUCUCGACGCCGCAACGUCACGUAAUAAUCUGCAGGUGUCAGUGAGCGGCGAGCUCGAGGGCAGGCCCGAUGACGAGAUCACACCAGUGGAGGAGGUGCCGAGUAGGAUGGGAGUGAGGUUCUCCCCAUCCGCGACAGGCGGCGAUUCUCCACCUGCCAAUCCCAGUACUCUACCGCCACCUGCAGAUUCGCAGGAGACAGGUCUUCCGGCAGGCUUCGUUCCCGAGCGGAUCGAGCCCGACCCGAGUGCUCCUCCGAUGGAAGACCUCCCGCCAGGCUUCGUGCCUAGUGCACCCGUCGAUGAACCCGAGGAACCAUCUGCGCCUUAUGGUGAACCAUCUUCGCCUUAUGGUGAACCAUCUUCUAUCCCUCUUUCCCCAGACGCGCCGGUCGUACCUUCGGGCCGACCCGUGGUUCCAUACUCCCCUCCCCCGAGCGUCCCACCGCCUGCUCCGAUCGUAUCCAUUGCGCGUGCGCCUAUGAUGCCAAUUGCCCCGAUGUCACCAAUGCCGGGUUUGGACACCACGGCGACGGCGGUCCCGGUUGAGCUAACCCCGGUGGUCAUUGCGCGGGCGCAAAGGCAUUGCAAGUUUGCGGUCUCGGCGCUGGACUAUGAGGAUGCGGAGCAAGCCCGGAAGGAGCUGAGGACUGCGCUGAGGUUGUUGGGCGGUUAGACCCGUCGUCUGCUUGCGCGCU